CGGAGGCGGCUGCCGCCCUGCUCUCGUAGUCCGGGACGGGGGGCGGGGCGGGGUGGAGGGGGAGAGCCCGAGUUGCUCCGGCUUCGCCAGCACCAUGAGCGGGCUGCAGAACAGUGUUGACCGAAGACAGUUUUUACUUGAGCGCUUACUGGAUGCGGUUAAACAGUGCCAGAUCCGAUUUGGGGGAAGGAAAGAGAUCGCUUCUGAUUCAGACAGCAGAGUUACGUGCCUCUGUGCGCAGUUCGAGUCCGUCCUUCAGCAUGGUUUAAAGAGGACCCGGGGUUUAGCGUUAACCGCCGCCGCCAUCAAGCAAGUCACCGGUUUCUCCACUAAAACGGAAAUGGAAUCCAUAUUCUGGUAUUAUGUGAAAGAAGUUCUUAAUAAACAUGAACUGCAACGUUUCUAUUCUCUGAGGAAUAUCACUACGGAUACGGGGCGAGGCCGGGCUUGGCUACGCUGUGCUCUCAAUGAACAUUCUCUAGAAAGAUAUUUGCACAUGUUGCUCGCAGAUAAAAACCAUCUUAGUGUCUUCUAUGAAGACUGGUCCUUCUUGAUGGAUGAGGAACGAUCCAGUAUGAUUCCCACCAUGGCAGCUGGGUUGAACUCUAUUCUUUUUGCAAUCAACAUCGAUAAUAAGGAUUUAAAUGGACCAAGCAAAUGCCCCCCCUCAGUCUCUGACCUUCUCAAGGAAUCGACCCAGAACGUGACCUCGUUGCUGAAGGAAUCCACCCAAGGCGUCAGCACCCUCUUCCGGGAGAUCACGUCUUCAUCCCCUGUUUCCAUGCUCAUCAAGUCCGAUCAAGAUGCUGACCUGCUACCUAUUUUAUCGAAGAGCGUCAGCGGUGAUUUAAAAUGCCGGAAAGACCGCACGAAGAAAAAGAAGAAAAUCACAAAAAUCAUUUUGUUCGACGACGAAGAGGGCCAACUUUCGGGGACCCCCUACCGGGGUACAGCAGCAGGAGAAGACUCCGAAGACGGCUUCGACAGACUUCCAGCCUCGGCGGCUUCUUCGCUAACUGAACAGACGGAUCUUCUUCUGCCCGGCAACCAGGAUGGGUCAUCGCUGAAGCAUCAUUCUGAGUACCUGAACGGAGAUUGCAGCUACCUGAAGCUGGAUGUCAAAAGCAUAGAUGAUGAAGAGGCCGAAGAAAACGAGGAGAAUCGGGCCAGAACAUUGAGGCAUCACGGCGGGAUAGAAGACACACAGGUGCUCACAAAACCCGCUGAAGGUGUGACGACCCAUUCGCUGGUUUGCACGGGGGCGCCUCUACAAAUGCUGAACGAUGACACGGAUGAACUAUUCCCAGUUAGCGCUGUGGGAUCUUUCUCCCAGACUGAAAAUCUGGAGGACGGCAACGAACCUGAAAAUGCAGAUUUUUCAGUGGAAUUGACUGAGAGCAGCGCUGAAUUGCACUACAGGGUAGAAACCAGCUCUCCCGUCCACAAGAAUGCAUUAACCGAACUUCUGCCUUCCGAUAGCAUGCCAGAAUCCAUGACUGUGGUGGAACUUCGGCAAGCUAUUGUAGCGAUGAUGAACAGAAAGCAUGAACUAGAAGAACAGACUAGUUCCUUGCGGAGCCUCUUGGAGGGCGAGAUGGAACAUUCGUCGGGACUCCGUCAAGAGGUGGACAACCUGAAGAAGAAACUUUCAGAGCACGAAGAGCACUAUACAGUGAGGAUCCAGGCCUUGGCCAGGGAGAAUGAGGUGCUCAAAGUCCAGCUAAAGAAAUACGUCGGGGCUGUCCAGAUGUUGAAAAGAGAAGGUCAAACCAUGGACGUCUUGCCAAAUCUUUGGAACGCAGAUAGUGAAAUCUCUCUUCCCGAACAAAAGCAAGUGGAAAACAAUGAGGAACGUGCAAAUUCUUAUGAAAGGAAGCUGAUUGAGUUUGGCCGGCCUUUUACAAUUCAAGAUGCUCUUCGUAAUGAAGCUUUAUUGGUAGCUGAAUCGGGACGUUCAUCAGGCUUAAAGCUCCCUAUUGAAUCAAAGCUGAUCUUUGAGGUGACCCAGGGCAUGGGGCUGAUGAGACUCGGCAAGAGCCCAGGGUAUCCUUUGUUUCUUAGGGCAAAGAGGAAAGAGAGGAAAAGGCUGAUGCACCGGAUUGUGUAG